GGUGGUUAUGUUGUCAUUGUUGUUGUUAUUGGUGUCUUCAUGGUAGUUAGAAGAGUAGGUAGGACUGUGAGAGUAAUAUCUUAGAACAAUCAGCCUACUGAAAUAACCUGAAUCACUACGUCUACUAAUAUAUAUAUAUAUAUAUAUAUCAUAUAAUAUAAUGUAAUAUUUAGCUACCUGUGUUAUGGUUAUCUUGUCUGGUAGCAUGUUGGAUUAAAUUCAGCUGUUGGAUAUCUCCUUUACAUUGUAUUGUUAUCAACAGAGGAAUAACUGAAGGAAUAUAUAUAUAUAUGUAUUUAUCCUCUCAAACAUACAGAUAAAUACAUCCACGAGUGCACACAUAUAGAUUGAUAGAUAUAUAUAUACUUACACACAGACACAAGCUCACACACGCAGACACACAUUUACAUAUCUGUGUCUGUGACUGUGUGUGUGUGUAUGUAUGAGUUUAUGUUUCUACCAUGUGUAAGCAUCUAGAUAUGUAGAACUGAAAUUUCAAGUCUAGAGAAUAGAGUAAAAAAAAAAAAAAAUACUCCAAAAACAAGUUGAUAGAUACACACACACACACACACACACACACACACACAUGUACAUAAUGGCGAGUAAUGGUGUCCACAUAUUUACAUACUUUAAUUUAGUUCUCAAACCUUCAACCUCAAUCAAUGGAUUUUUUUCUUCAACUACUGUUACACUACUACAGCUACUGUGAAGAUGGACUUCUCUACCAUCAAAUUUAUCAGACGACCCAUGACGCAUCACACUCAAUUCACAUGAAAUAUUCAUCCGCCGACAUUGACCAUAUACCAUGAUAUGAUAUAAACCACAGAGAAAUUAGAGAAGUUCCGGAAUAAUUGUACGAAAUCUACAAUGAACCGUCUGAGAAAAGAUUUAAAGGUAGCGAGUAUAUUAUCUGCUCCGGAGGAACAUCGAUGGAGCGCUCAGACAUACACUUUGCAAGAACUAGUUUCAAAGUUUACUUUACCACGUGUGGUAAUAUGCGCUGCUGAAUCUUGCUAUCUCAAUGAAAUGGAAUUUGAGUUCGAUCUGAAGCAGCCGCUAUUGAUUUUUAAUUUUCGUGAAAUACGAAAGCUUCAGACGAAGUGUUUGGAAUAUAAUGAAUCGGAGGAAAGUUAUACAGAGAAUGGACCUGACGUGAUAAUUCCAGAGGAUUAUGACGGAUGGUUCUACUGUCCAGAUUGCGAUGAAGACUGUCCGCCACCCUACUACGAAGACGCUCAGGCAGUGUCCGACGCAAGAGCCAAAGCUGUGAUCACCAUGAAGGAAACAUUGGCCAUACACCAGCCAGAGAGUUCAAUACAGAGUGGAAAAGAUUUUUACGAAGAACGACCAGUUGAACCCGGUCGAGUGUUGCGAGUGUUGAAUUCCGAUGUGGUGAAAGGGAAACACUUGAAACAGCUGAAACAAUAUCAGAAUAAAACAAGAUUUUUGAAAUGCUUCAGUGAAAGUAAAGAUAUCCUCCUGAUUCCGUUUUCAUCCAACACUGGCUUUUGUGAGCUUCCUCUUGAUGGCCCAGACAGUAAAAAAUAUUUAACGAUGAAGAAUAUAAUUGAACGUGAAGACUUUCCAUUCCGAUUAAAUUUAGUAUGUGGUAAUCUACCGCCAAUUCUUGAUACUUUUGUCGGAGUAGUUACGGCUAAAAGGGUAAUCAAAGAAUGCACAGUAUUAGCUUCUACCCUGAGUAGUAGCGAUCCAUUAUUGUUAGAAUUAAAACUUGAUUCCCCUGUACGUUUUUCUCUAGCUUUGAAUAAUCUAGACCUUCAACAGCGCGAUGACUACUUAGAAGCCCUUCACGUUUGCAAUAGCGAAGGAGAAAGCUAUCUGCAGAAUAUGAAAGUUGCAUUUCAAGUUUACCCAGAUGUUUCAAAUUUAAGCGAAGACAACAAAGAUUGUGAAGAGAACUCCAGCAUCACCAGAACUGAUUCUAUUGGGUUAUUUUCUGAAAUAUCAGACGAGUUCUCCGUUGAAAACUGGGAACAGGACAAAAAAGACAAUUCCCUACCGAGCAAUUUAGCUACAGAAAAAGAGUUAAAAUCUGCACCGCACAGUGAAACAUUCGUUUGACUUAGCAAAUUGUCUAAUUGGUAUUUAAUUCACUAUCAGUAUUAUCAAUCUAUUUGAUAAGUUGGUUAAUUAAUUUAUACAUGUAAUUGAUAUUGAUCAGGUCAUCAAAUAUCUAAAUAACUAACCUUUUAUUCACCAACUGGUUACAUAGUACACACACACACACACACACACACACAUACACACACACACACACACACACACACACAUAUAUUGCUCAUAUAAUACUGUGAACAUUUAGUUUUGGAUACUAAUAAAAAUUUAUUAUGGUUUAAAGAAAACUAAUGAACCACAUCUUCAACUAUUCAAAAAAAGAUUCGUAUUAAUACAUAUUAAAAAAAAUUUCUUGUAUCUUACACAAACCUUAAAGUUUCAUUUUUGUUAUGGUCCUAGGUUAUGCUUCACUGAGCAAACCAAUGACCAAAAGGUAUUCCAUCCCUGACCGUUCCAAUUUUUGAAUACAUUAUUCAAUAUAUCUUUUUUUUAAAAGAGAUGUGAGGAUGUGAUUUGAAUGAAAUUUGGCGGUAAUUUUUAGCAAGUUCUACAACAGAUGAUUUUUUUACGAUUUUUUUUACUCUUCGUUGUUAUUGUAAUUAGGUCAGCUCUGAUUGAGCAAAUCAAAGACGUUCCAGAUGUGAUCACCCUAACUUUUAUUAACACAUGUUGUAUUCAAUAUUAUCUAAAUGUGUCCUUUUCUCUAUAAUACGGUAGGGUUUGAUUCUAGGGAGAUUUGGCUGAUAUUUUUAACCUGUCCGGCGAUUACAAUAACAAACAUUUCGUCGGUUGAUUUCUGAUACUUGUUCGUCUCCGACAAAUAGAUGAAAGCCACUUCACACCAUUUAAGCUGGUUGUGAUCGAACAGACCCUUGAUGGAAGGCGUUCUAAUCAUUUCCAUCCUGAUGUUUUUUGUAUCGCACGGACUAUUUAUGUGUGUGCGUAACUUUGAUGUCAAUCCUGAUCCAGCAGACUGAAGACGUUCCAGUCAUGACGACCCGCACCUCACCUCAACAAUUAAAAAAAAAUGUUUUGUAUUAUACGUAGUGUAUCUCAGAUUACACGUUCCAACGUAUCUUUUCUUGUUAUUGCUGUGGUUUAACUUCCGGCUCAACUCAAUCAAAGAAACUUAUAUAAUCAAAACCAGAGACAUUCUUACUGUAGAAUGUUCAAGGGUGAUGCUAAAAAGAAUUGGCUGCUAUUUCUACCAUGUCGAGCGACAAGAUUAAUUGACACUCCAUAAGCUGGUUUUGACACUCGUUGUUCAAAAGGAUGAAAGUCAUUUCGCGACAUUUACAUUCUGAUGUUGGUACUAGCAGCUUGUUCUGUGUGUGCGUAUUUCGUUGUACAUGGAAUACAUUGAUAAAUUGAAGUGGUGUCCCGCACAAAAUUUUAUUAAAGGUUAAGUCCAUUGCUUUCAAAACCGCUAUCGAAGAUUAUUAAACAUUAGUUAUAUGCAGUGAAUGGUAGCAAGUGGUUUGAUUGGACACCAGUUUCGAUGAAGCAUUUCGAACUGAUGUGAUUGUCUGCCUGGUUUUGCUCUGCAUAUCACCAUACCAAAAGAUGGGAAGUCUAAACGGAAAAAUCUCAUAUAUAUUUACACAUAAUCAUCUGCCCACACACAUAUUUAUGAGUCUCUCCUCUUUCUAUGUAUAUAAUUAUUUCAAUAAAAAUACGAUUUGUUGUUGCUUAACGUCAGACUAAACGGUGAAGACAUAUUUACAUAUUGAAUCAAAGGAGAACGUGAUCGUAUAUACAAAAAUGAAGUGUUAUCGGGAAACGUGAAUUUGUAGCCCAGCGAGUUCUCACGCUUUAAUUUCUCUUUUCUCUCUUUUCCUGAUACAUACAU